AUGGAUUCUCAGCAACAACAGGAAGAAGAAGGUGAUGACUUAAAGUUGAAUUCAUUAAAAUUAAACAUUCACCGGGAAAAAGUAAACAAGGUCAAUGAAAAAUGUCGUAGUACAGAAGAUAUGAUCAGUAAUACCAUUGAUGUUAUUGCUGCUGUUACUGCUACGACGACGACUACUACUACUAUGACAACGAAUACUACCGCAACGGCAAUUAUAGAUAAUAAAGUAUUACCUACUAAUACUACUCAUAAAACGAAUUCAGUAGCACAUUUAAGAAAUAACAAUGAGCACUUUAUAUCACAUACAAAAUUGAAUAAUGAUACAUGUUCACAAAUUCGAUGUGAAAAGUCUGUUGAAUGUAGCAAACUGACCACCAAUAAUAAUAACAGUAAAAAUAAAUUGGAUUAUCUAGUAAAUGAUAAUGAUAUUAUUUCAAAACCUAGUUGUGCUUUUAAUGAUGAAAAGAAAUGCCAGUUUUUAAGUAGUAAUUCAGAAUUGGAUGAAAUGAUUGUAAAAGCGAUACAAGUGUUGCGCAUACAUUUAUUGGAACUGCAUAAAGUCAAUGAACUGUGUAAAGAUUUCUGUUCCCGGUAUAUUUAUAGCCUAAAAUCAAAGUUUCAGUCGGACCCUCUAAUCCAUGACUCACAACCAUCUUCUCCAGGAGAUUCCGAUGCUCUUUCCCCAAUUGCUUCAGGUUGUUACAAUCCUCGUUAUCAUCAUCCUCAUCAGAUGUCAACAUCGAAUUUCCCCUAUCAUCCUGGAUCAACAGAUAUGAUUCCCCCCGGAUAUCGACGUCAUUUAUCCGGUCGACUGGAUGACGAUUCUUUAUGCAGUUCAUCUGAUGUUGAAAAUCCUCGAUCAAGUUGUUUACAUUCCAAUUCACUGCAUAAUCAUAACCGUUAUGAUUUGCAUGGAUCAUGUUAUACACCAAAUUUUCAUAUGGUUGAUUAUAAUUCACCUUAUUUUAUGGAGAAAUCGCUUGUACAAGAAGAUGGUUCAGUAUCUUGUGAUGAAUCAUUUUCACAACUUCAUUCAUUCCUUUCACCUUAUGGAUCAUCAACAUUGAGUAGUGCAGCCUUUCAUGCCAGUUUAGAUGGAUUAUGUGUUGGCGGGAAACAGAAACGUGGUGUACUGCCUAAACGUGCUACACAAAUCAUGAAACAAUGGCUGUUUCAACAUCUUGUACAUCCUUAUCCAACAGAAGAUGAAAAGAGACAAAUUGCUGGUCAAACAAAUCUAACUUUAUUGCAAGUAAAUAAUUGGUUUAUCAACGCUAGACGGCGUAUUCUGCAACCAAUGCUCGACUCAUCAAAUUUUGUACCACUUGGAAGCAAUUGUAACAGUGUUGAUGGAUCAUCAGAUAGAAUGUUGAAUUCAGUUGGUUCGAGUGAAGUGCAUGUUAUUAGUAAGAAGAAAAAAGCUGCAACAAGCAGACCUUCAAAUAACAGAUUCUGGCCAGCAAGUUUAGUUGCUGCAGCUGCUAUACAUCCUGCUGCAGCUGGCUUGGUAUCUUCUGGGACCAUUAGUUUCAGUGCUGCGGUAAAUUUCGCUCUCAACAGUACCAGUAACACUAACAAUAUGAACACUACGACAAGCACAGUACGAUCCGAUUGUCAAAUAUCCGAUACAACACCUAAUUCUCUAGAUGAAGUUAACAGUGAUACAUCAAUAAAUUCAACAUCAAGGCAUCAGUUGAAAUGUGGUUAUAUUCCUCAAAACUAUGAGUCAUCCUCUAUUUCAUCAUUACCACGAAGUCCUGAACAUAAUCGUGGCUUUGAUGGCAAGUUAUCAUUAGAUCCGUGGAAUAGUGAUACACAUAUGGAUUUAUUCCACGCACAGAAAUUCUACGCCAACCUUCAAUCUGGUAUACCUGCAUCAAAGCUACGACCAAAUAUGAAUGAUAAUCAUCCUGGAUUAUGUAAUAAUGAUGGCACUGGAAGUGUAUCGAAUUCGUCGACUUUAUCAAGUCAAAAUCUUUCAUUUCCACAAGAUACAAAUCAGUGUUUAAAUAAUUUCAAUUCAAUAUCGGUGAUAAACACAGACUCACCACAAAUGAUAACUGGAAAGUUUGAUCCCGUACAUGAUGAAAAUUUACCUAUGAAGCAACCUGCGGAUGAGACUGUCAUUAAACGCAUGACUCCCCAGUUAAUGUCAUCUUUGUCUUCAUCAUCGCCACCAUCAUUUUCCACGUCGAAAGAGACAGACCGGUGUACAGACACUACACAACAGCCCCACACCCAUCCCCAUCCCCACCAUCCCCAACAUCAUCAGCAACAACAACAACAGCAGCAGCACGGUAGUCACAAUGAAGGAUCUGAGAAGCAUUUUUCAAUAAAUGUACCAAUGAACGCCAAUUUAUUAUUUAACAAUAAUAAUAAUAGUAACAAUCCUUUAAGGAGUGAAACCAUUAACAAUAAUAACAAUGUAAUAAAAGUUGAGAGAAAUUUCACUUCAUUUCUGCCCAAUUUAUCGGUUAAUCCAAAUAAAGAAAAGGUUAACCCUUUAGAAAGUGAAUUAUUGGAGACAGAUUUAGUGAACAAUAGUAAUAACAUUAGGGAGUUUCCAGCCACCGUCGUUAGUGAUCAUUCUUAUGCGUCAAGAUCACAGAAUGACAUGGCGAUGAAAAUGAUGAUGAUGAAUUCGCAGUCAAAUUAUCCACAGAAUUAUUCAUCUAUGCUGUUGUCUCAUGCAAGAACCUAUACAAAUUACUUAUCUAAUAGUAUGCAUAUUUCAAAUAGUUUCUUACCCUUCGAUAUUCAAAAUAACAAUAAUAAUUGUAAUGAUACCAAUCCUAACUACAGUCAUGUCAACAAUAAUGUGAACCAAUUAAACUACACAACUCAUUCAUAUCCUAGAAAUACGAAUAUGACGGAAGGACAAGGUUUCGAACUUAGCGGACUUACAUCAAAUUUAAGUAGUCAACCUUCAUCUACUCUAACUUCACAGUCUUCUCAUCCACAUCUUGAUCGAUCUUCAUCUAUGCAUCAUCAUUCAGAGUUACGUGAUGGUUUGACUGACACAUGGCAGAAUACUACAACGAUGACAGGCAGUUCUUUUAUGCAUAAUUUAAAUUCACUUAAUCAAUACACAAGUAAGCUAAAACAAUUCACUUCAUCUAGCCUACAAAAUCAUAGUAAUACUGACUGUUUAUCUGGUUCAUCAGAUGAAGAUCUUCAACAACAUCAGCAUCGUCAACAUCUCCAUCAACAUCAUCACCAACAGCAGCAGCAGCAGCAACAACAACAACAACAACAUCAUCAUGAACCAGAGAAUGGACCAUUCAUGGAUUGCUUCACAAGUUCUAAUUCAUUAAAUCGUAAUAAAGAAUCAAGUGGAGAUAGAUCAACAAGUCUGCACACUACUGGUCAAAUGUUUUAUAAUCUUUCUAGUGAUAUGAAAAAUGUAAACUACACACAUUCCGAAUCAAGUCUGCAUGACAGGUUGAAUCCAAAGUCAAUUUAUCCCAUACAUUACGAUCAUGAGCAUCAUCUUUCCCUUCCUCCACUUCCCCAAUAUAGUAAUAAUGCAAUUCUACAUGGUCAUAUAGGUACUAAUAAUGGACGUAAUAAUACUAGUGAGCUUACUGCAAGUGCUUGCGCCAACAACAGUGAUACUACUGAUAAUAAUAGUAAUAAUAAUGACUGUGGUAAAACCAGUAUUUCUUUCUUUAAAUCACCACCAUUUGGCUUAAUGACUGAGUCGAAUACUACAUUUAGAUAUCAUAAUUCAUAA